CGACACCAAGAGCAGCAGCAGCAGCAGCAGUCGGGAGACAAGGAAGGAGCUCAGCAUAACAAUCAAUGGCGGUGGGAAAGAGAUGGCCCCGAAGCUAAAUUGCCGCAGGCUGCUAUGUCUCCCACUGCGCCUUUCUCCGAAGGCGAGUUUUCUCUUUAAUUGAUUGUUCGUUUGAGUUUGUUCGUAGUUUGUGGCGAUUUAGCUGGUGAUUUUGUUGUAGCGUUGUUCUGUUAGUGUGAAUUGGUUGUGUAAUGUGGUUAAUUUAUGAGAAUUGAUAGUUGAAAUUAGGCUAAUUAAUCGAAGGUGAUUUUGUUUCAUCGAUUUAUCUAUGGAAAUAAGAGGUUUUGCAGAGAUUGAACAAAGCAUCAGAAUGUAGGAGCUAGCUUAAUCUUAAGCCUAAGAUUAUAUUACUGUUGUUUCGCUUAAGAUUUAGGAUGCUGCUUGUAGAGAGGUUCAUUUCUAUUUUAAGAGAGCAAUCUGUAUUACCUGCCAACUGUUUGAUAAAAGAUUACACAGUGACUGACGGCAGUAAACGAGGAUAAGGCACGCACACCACUUGCUCGAUGAAUUGACUGGAAGAUAACUAUGGAUAAAAGAACAGGUCAAGGACGUGAUGCUCCCCGAUCCUAUUACCAGAACCAGAGGAUGGAUCCCCGCAUGCCAGUGGAGAGACAGGGUGGAGGAGAUCCUAGAUCUCAGUCCCAUGAAGAGGAUAUGGAUAUAGGCUAUGAAGAUAAUCGUAUGCCGCCGACUUUGGAAGGUCUUGAACAGAGAUUUGUGGAUGAUAUCAUGAAACUGAGCAAAGAACAAACUGAUGCAGAGGAUGCUGAAAAUGCUAGGCAUAGAGAGAGAAUAAACGCAAUCAAUGUCAAAUACGAAGAGCAGUUAUUCGCCCUCCGAGCCAAGCACGUUGGCCGGAGAGACGAGUUUCUCCGGAGAGAAUCUCAAGCAAGGCACCAGCAAUACCAGCAAAUCGUCAUGGAUCAGUAUCCCGCCAGUGGAGCCGGUGGCCCUAGUACCGACCCUCGAGGUGCCAACGCAGGAUUGGGUGGCGAAUCACACCGCUCUUACAACUCAGACUCGUACGACUCUUACAGAGAACGGGGGCCCCGAUACCCUGCCAAUGCUAGGGAACACGGAUACGAGGCUAAAGCUCCAUACCCGAGGGGGCGCGCCUACGAAUCGGCCUCCCGUUAUUACUGAGUAGGUGUUUCCCGAUCCGGCAUAGCUUUGUAUUGGUAGUUGAGCUACUGAAAUCUGGAAUGACUUGCCACUUUCAUAUUUUGGUGGAUCUGAUCAUUUUACA